UUUGAGAAGAGACUGAAUCGUCCUUUCAUGGUGCCACGAAGACCGAGAAGAAAAUGAACCGACCACAUAUGUCACCUCUUGCAGUUUGUCUGUCUGUGUCUGUGUCUCUCUCCCUCUCACUCUCUAUCUCUCUCUUCCUCCCCCUCUCUCCUUUGCAGAUAUUGAGUGCGCAUUUCUUCUUCCUCUCUGGAUCCUACUUUUGGACCCCUCCUCAGCUCCACACUAGAGAGAACCGUGGGAAAAUCCUCAAACUUGCAGGGAAAAAAACAAACUUGUUUGCAGCUGUUGGAGCUCAUCAAGCGAGAAGGACCAGCAGAUUUAUUUCAUUCAGUUUCUGUCCCUCUGUGUCUCAGAACAUGACCACUUCAUUGGAGAGGGUCGUGGCCCAGAAGAAGGAGGCCAUCGAGGCAGUGAUGGAUAUGUUUCAGAAGGGGGCCGAGGUGUUGGCCAGUGCCGUGGGCGAGCUCUUCCCCCUCUGUGAGGCCGCCGCGCCGGUUCUCCGCUUGGCCUUAGACAAUGUCCACAGCAAAGAGGUCUUCUACGUCAAAGAGCAGUUCCUCACGGUGAGGAACAAGCUCGACGUGCUCUCCACCCAACUGGAGGACAUCGACUGCGAGAUCAAGAAGGGGAGACUGGAUUCCCAGUACUUCUCGGUGGAGGAGAACAUUAGGAACCAGUUUCGGAAGUAUAUGGACAUCUUGGAGGCAAAACAGCAGUUCAAAGAGGUGAAGACCAGACUUUUUGUGGAGCACUUUGCCAAAACUGGAGGGGAGAAGAACCUGUCUGUGCUGCACGAUGCUCUGAUGGGGACAAACAGCUUUGGGGAGUCGGUUUUAGAGUUAGUUGAAAGGUACGUAGCGAGGAACCGUCGUCUCCUGGAAGUUUUCUGUGUCCGAAUGAAGGAGCUCCUCUGUUUGGGUCUGAUUGCCCUUUUGGGCCACUGUGCCUUAACCCGAAGCCAAGAGGAAGAAGACGACAAAAUCCAAGAGUGGAGCAGCAAAAUUGAAGAAGUAGAGUCCAAGAUGAAGACAACCAUCGAGUCCUGUAUCGCCACCUUCCCAGAGCAAGCAAAACUAGACGCUCAGCGCCUCCUGCAAGAAAAGCAGGAAGAGAACCUGCAAGAUACGACUCAGCAGCUGCUUGAAUUCUUGAUGAAGAAGUACGAUUGGGUCAGCUGGUCAGUGCGGCUGAUCAACCAUUCAGGGAGCACCUACCGGAACUGGCGAGCAGGUGAGCACUUUCACCACGUGGCGGGACAGAACUGGUUCGAGGUGCUUCAGGUGAACAACAUCAACCUGGUGGUGUCGUACAGCACCAAACCCCAGCCGGUGCCUCGUGACUGCAUCCGGCAGGUGAUGGAGGACCAGGGGAAGAAGGGAAACGCCCCGGCGGUGGUGGAGGUGUUGGAGAAGCAGCUGUGCGGGUUUGUCGUUCACGCCGUCAGUCGCCACAAGGAGUUUGCAGCUGCGUGGAGCUUUCCUGAAGACUGCCACUACUGGGAGAGACACAAGAACGUGGCAGUGUGUGUGCACUCAGAGUAAAGCUGACGCCUGCUUAAAGUUUUAGGAUUUUACAGCAGAGGGGUGUAUUUAAAUUGAGACACUGUCGAUUUUUGUCGUUUGUCCAAGAGUGAGCUGAUAAUAUCGGCAUGUAAGUUUACCUUUAAUUAGAAUAAUGAAUCUCAGAAACUAAAGAUGCACUGAUCCGUCUGAUGGGUGUCAGCGCCGAUACCGACUUUGUGAAGAGAACCGGGUAUCGACCACAUGUCACCAAUCCAAAUUAAAACCAUUUUCACAUUUCAAUGUGCAAAAUAUUUUCAUAUUCAUCAAUAUUUGACAGCUAUUAUUUACUUCAGUCACUCAAAUGCCAUUCUCACAGCAGGGCGCCCCCCUUUUUAUGAGCUACUCCAUUUUUUGAGGUGAGAUUAUGUAACUUCCUACAUUGUAAGUCAUAGAUUUUUCAUAGAUAGUUAAAAAGUAAUGUACAGUACAGUGGUGGAAGAAGUAUCCUGAUCCUUUUACUUUAGUAAAACUACCAGUGCAACGAUUUAUUUUAAUGAAACCAUCUGAGAAGUCUCUUUGGUUGAACUGGUUGAACAACUGACACACAUCUAAAACAAGACAAAGGGACCAAACUAGACACUGCUUUCCUGCAUCGGGUCACAAGCCAAAAAGGUGGAUAACCACGGGUUUAAUCUUAAACAAUUCAUUGUAUUUUACAGGCAUAUCAUAUGUUUCUUAAUUUAAAGUCUUUAUCUGAAGAUAUACUGUAUAUAACUGUCAGAUCAAUGUAGUGGACUGAAAAGUACAAUAUUAUCCUCUGAAAUGUUGUAGAAAUAUAAAAUAGCUUAAAAUGGAAAUACUCAAGUAAAGUACAAGUAGUACAUUACAGUGCUUGAUAAAAUCUACUUCAUUACUUCCAUCACUGUGUGUAGUUAUCUGCAUGUUACAACACAACAAUGACUCCCAUCAGAUCCAUGUGAGGUCUAAAGACUUUAAAUUGUCUCAGGAGAGAAAAAUCUCAAACCCUAUCACAAACAAAGUAUUUCAGAUUGUUUGUUAAAAUAACUAAAUCACAAAUGCACUUUUAUUAGCUUUCCGGGUUGUCAAUUUUCUCUAAAGUGAAGAUAUUUAAAUUGUGAUGCAAAUUUAUUUUAUGUUGUAGCUUUUUAAAUAUCAACUAACUGUGGCGCUUUGCAUUUGUUUGUAAUUUAUGAGAAACUAACCAGGCCCUUUUACACUAACACUGUACUGUCUAUAAUAAUGUGAAGUGUCUAUGCUUUUACCGCGGCUGCAUACAGUAAUAAUCCAGUCUCCCAUGAGAAAUAGCUUCUGCACCUACAGCUCUAAAGAGAUGGUUUUGCUGAGGCUGCAUCUACUGAGCUGUGCUCCCAUUUUGUCUUUGCUCAGCAGGCUGGCCUACAUAACUCUGACAGAGGGGCAGAGGUUACUUUUUCAGACGUGAAAAGACAAGAGGCUUGGAGUUUGGCACUGGAGAGGCAACAAUGUGCCUUGUGUUUUAAACGCAUUUAAACCCCUCGAACCAAAACAACCAAACCUCACUGCUCACCAGUGCUGUGCCUAUGUUUAUAGAAUGGAUGAGAAGGGAUUUCGUCUGCAAGAUUCUUCAUCGGAGCGUUUUAUUUUUUUGCUGUUUUGUUUUGCACUUCCCAGCCUUAUGUGAAGAUUUUUUUUACCGAUUAUAUAUGAU